UGUCAGUGAGCACAUAUUCCUGCCACAUAUAGUAGUUUACGACGUGGAACUGAAGCCUACUGUAAGGUGCAAACACUAAACUGUACCUCUGAAUGGAAGAAAAGAAAGAAGCUAAAUGUAUCAAAAGAUAUUACAACUACAAAUAGGUCUCAACUCUCAAGUGUGACAAUGAGAGCUGCAAGUUGCAUUAUAAAAAGGUAGAGCAACUUCAUACAAGCUGCUAGUGAGCGAAAAAUAUUGAUCAGUCGUCUCGGGGGAAACUACCAUGAAGGCGUCAAGCAAGCAGCAUCGGUUCAAACCAUUCCGCGAUACCAAACCUCACUCACCUGAAGUACUUGAGGCCGUGGGUUUCUAUAUAGCCCGUAAAAAUGCCGAACUAGCACACGAAUCGACUGAUACGAGUAUAUUAGAUUCGGCACACAAUCAAGAGGAAUACAUAGAUAUAGGAAAUAUUGGCGACACCACUGAACGUGAGCCAAAUUGUGGGCCGGGUUGCUCCUCUGAAAUAUUGCACGACCAUGAUCUACUUAAUGCGCACGAGUGUUUAUCCACCUGCGCCGAGAAGUUUAACGGUCUCAAGAGGUCGCUGAUAGUUUCCAUUUGUUCUUUAUUGCAAGAUGGAGAUGUGCACUUGUUGCCACAGGCUGCGGUGUUAGGUGGCUUGGGCUCCUCUGUGUUACUGGUACAUGUACCCAGGCAUGUUGAUGCGUACGAAAUGGACGUGCAUAUGCCGCAGAAUACAGAGGAACUAGGUAGUCACACAACGACACAUACUGGUCAGACAACUGAUGCUGCUAACAAGGAUACACUAACGCAUGCAAAAAGUAACGCUAUUACCAAUAACAAGCAAUUUAGCAAUGCCUUAGGAGUGCAGUCGAAGUGUGAAGAGGUGGAGGUGAAGGUAAGUAGCCGUUUCGUUGCUAACGUACAACGCACCCUAGGAGUGACACCUUUGGUAAAUGUUGCGGCACAAGCUAUGCGCAAUAAAAAUGACCCGAUCAAAGCGGCUGCUUGUAUUGUAGGGGCAUACAACAGUGUGAUCCCUUUAGGUAAUGCUGAGUUGCGAAUGUUAUUUCCACUCAUGUGCGCACGGUUGUGCUUGGAGGCAGUGGCCGAGGACUCCGCCGAAGGACUACAUACGGGCGACUCUGUAGUACCAGAUAUUUGUGAGGUGUCAGGUGCAGCUAAAGAUGGAACUCGGCAAUUUACGGAUACAGCUCAGAGCAGCAUCCCGGCAUUGGAUGAUAGCACGUGGGAUACACUGCGCAUACUGAGUCACAUACCGCCCGCAAUGGCCUACUAUAGGCUGCGUCACGCGUGUGGGUUCACCCCCGUGUUACAAAGUGACUUAGUAGCAGACUGGCUACGAACCCAUUCCGAAGAACUGGCACCUGUAUUGCAUCCAAUGAAUACACACAGAGAAGCUCUGUGGACGGAUACACACGUGUUUGAUUUGAGUGUAGGGAGUCCGUUAGUGGCAGGCCAUGCUAAUGCUUGUGCUCUGGCAACGGCGAUGCGCGAAGAGAUGCUGGGGACACAAGCGCAACAGAAGGUCGACAAUAAUACUCAGAGGUGUCGAUCAAAAAGCAAAGGACCAAGUAACUGCGGAACAAGAGGUGACAGCCCAGGCCACAGCGCUGAUCAUUGUGAACAAAAGGCUGAGUAUAGUGGGAUUAGUGAGUGUGAGGGCGAGGGUGGGUGGAUGGGUGUUGGUGUGGGGCGGUAUAAUGAAGCUCGCCUUCUUAGUACGUCGAAUAUAAACACAAGUGUGUACGAGGAGAUGCCAGAGCAACGUACCAUUGCGCUUGGGAUAGACUUGUUUCCCCUGUGUUCUUUGGGUGUGGAAACGAGCACAUUGGGAAGCAAGUAUUCGUCAGUACUUGAGGAUACACAGACAUGUACAGGCAUAGGGACGGUAGUGUAUGUAUACGCACCGUUGGAAGGUACAGUAGACAGUGUGAGCAGGUCUGGUGAACGCGGGUAUACGGUUGUGCUCAAGCAUACCGUUGGUAAAGAAUUGACAUUCUACACACUUUACGGGAAACUGUCAUUCGAAAGUGAGAGCUGCAAUGCGGUGGUGGUUGGCGCCACCAUUGCUAAGGGAGAGAGACUGGCGUGUAUUAGUACCGCACCGUAUAUGACGGGCGCGACAGAUACAGCUACAACAUCGCACACCAACAACGAGGAACACUGCCUGCCGCCAAGCUUGCACUUCCAACUUAUAACGGACAUCACGUGCGUGCAUGAGUGUGCGGAACCUUGCUCUUCCGCGGAUGGGGAGUACUCAGGCUCCGUUGAUCAGAAUUCUCAAGUAAUCACUGUAUGCUCCCCCAGCGAGCGCGCUGUAAUGUUGAGCAUCUGCCCGGAUCCGAACCUUAUCUUGGGCAUACCCGCGCAUUUCUUCCCUCCGCCAAUGGAAAGCAAGGAUUCGCUGCUGGCGUCACGAAGAGCCCACGUGGGCAGGAAUCUGAGUGUGUCAUAUGGCGAUGAGAACGCCUUGCACAUAGCACGUGCGUCGCAACAGUUUCUAUACGACGUAGACGGCCGUGCCUAUCUGGACUUGGUCAACAAUGUGUGCCAUGUAGGCCAUGCAAACCCCAGGGUAGUGCGUGCGGCUACUAGACAGAUGGCUGUGCUCAACACCAACACGCGGUAUGUCUACGACAACUUGACACGGUAUGCUGAGAAGCUCACGGCCACUCUCCCAGAGACAUUGAGCGUGUGUUUCUUUGUCAAUUCCGGGAGUGAGGCGAAUGAUCUGGCCCUACGCAUGGCCAGGGAACACACAGGGAUGAGGGAUGUGAUUGCGCUCGGUGCGGGUUACCAUGGCAAUCUGAGCUCGCUGAUUGAUAUCAGUGCGUACAAGCACGAGGGGCCUGGGGGUAAAGGCCCGGGAGAUAGUGCGCACGUGGCACUGAUGCCGGAUCCGUAUAGGGGCAAGUAUAGAGGUAUGGGUAGAGAUACGGGUGAGAAGUAUGCCAGCCAUGUGAAAGAUAUACUGGAUGGGUACACUAAGCCGUGCGACUCAGACACGGAUGAUAGAGUGCACAGUGAUAUGCAUAGCUCGGCAGACGCAGAAGAGAAAUGUCCAGCACACACAGACACUACAGAUUCACACACAGGCCAACCGGGAGAUGUCUCAGGUGUGCGUGCCACACGCACAAGCACGCACACGCCAUACACAGACACUGAUACACCACACACAGGCACAGCACAUAGAGCACUCGUGCGACGAGGGGUGGGGGCGUUCAUUGCUGAGAGUGUGCUGGGCUGCGGCGGUCAGGUGGUGCUGUGCGAUGGUUAUCUGCAGAGUGCGUACAAGCACGUGCGGGCGAACGGCGGCGUGUGCAUCGCCGAUGAAGUGCAGGUGGGCUUUGGACGCGUGGGGUGCAAGUUCUGGGGAUUCGAGACGCAGAAUGUUGUUCCAGACAUUGUGACGAUGGGAAAGCCAAUCGGAAACGGCCAUCCCCUGGGUGCAGUGGUAACAACACGCGCCAUCGCCGAGAGCUUCGACAACAAAAUGGAAUACUUCAACACCUUUGGCGGUAACCCUGUCAGCUGUGCCGUGGGUCUCGCAGUACUGAACGAGAUACACACCAACCAACUACAAGCACACGCCCAAGAACUCGGGGAAAGGUUGCUUAAGGGGCUCAAAGACCUUCAAACACGGCACCCUCUCAUCGGGGAUGUGCGAGGACUGGGCUUGUUUGUGGGGGUUGAGUUGGUGCUGAACAGAGACUCGUACCACCCAAUACCCGCGGACAAACACGCCUCACACGUGGCCAAGCGCGUGCGAGACUUUGGUGUGCUGAUCUCGAUCGAUGGGCCUGAUCACAAUGUACUCAAGAUGAAGCCCCCGCUGGUGGUGACUGCGCAGGACCUCGACCGUCUCGUGAGUGUGCUGGAUAGAGUGCUAGGGGAAGACGCGCUGCAGUUGUGAGGACAGUCAGUAUGCGCACUGGUUGGACUAAGCAUCGUAAGGGAGUGUGAGCGGAUUCUUGUUUCUUAGAUUUGGUUUGGUGUUCUCCAGAGAAAGCACGGAUUUAAAUGCUGUGCCAAUAGUUUGAAUGGCAGUUGGUAGUUGUUGCGCGCGAUCCUGUUUUUUUCUAUUGCGGCAGCUGUUUGCUUAAGCCAGGGAUGUCAGACAUCCGCGAGGGCAAACAAUCGAAAUCGCGUGUCUUCUCUCUACUAGUACAUGUCGAGUGUCAUAUGGUUGCUACCAAUGGCUCAGUGAACAAUCUGCUGAGGUAAACAUCCAUAAAUGGAGACUAUGAACGACAACGAUUGUCCAGAAGGUUUAGCAGAAAAUACAUUCCGCGAAGAUGCGAUCAAAUCGGUUACCAAUCAGCCAUACAGCGAUAUCUUACGUAGGUAUCUACGCACUCACACACAAAUGGAUAGAAAGUGUGCACUUUGCAAAACAGUCUCCAUGCGCGUCUGCAGCCCGCCUCCCUCUUACACACGCACACACGCGCGCGCGCACACAGCGUCCAAUUAUUGAAUGUAUUGUAUGCACACGGCAACUUCCGUCUCACCGUCUAAGGAGCAUUCUGGAGGUGAUGCACUGCAUAUGUGGACAGGUGAUUUAUCAAUCUAUCACCACGUAGUAAUAGUGAGAAAUCGAAUUCGCCAGCAAUACUCCAAGCGAGCCGACUCCCAGUUGACCUCGCAGUUCAGCCGGCCAAACGAGUGCAGGCAAUUAGAUCUAGCCGUAGCGGCGCAAUGCUAUGCGACAUUGACCACCAUAGCACAUCAGGCAUUGCGUGGCUUUUAUCAUAGGGCAUGUCUGGCGGAAGUGGCACGGGAGAGAAUGUGUGCGCUGGAGAGAAUGUAACCUCACUCUUCCUUUAAUGUUCCGUUGUGCUGGUCUGGAGAUAACAUGUUAUUUCUGACCCGUUGCAUUGCGUACGGCCCUUGCGUAGAGUGUUGUGAUAUAUGGGAGGGGUGUAUUAGACACACGGAUGUCCUGUGCAGUACGCAGGGGUUUAGAGUGCAAGGCCAGUUGCGAGAAGCUCCAUGAUAGCGUGAGCCAAGUUUUCCAGUCAAUAGCAGAAAUGCCUAUCUGCAGCUUUCAUCUUCUGCAUACAUGCCUACAGAUGGUCUUUCCAAUGUUGCCGGGCCUGGAUAUUUGU